AUGGAUGUGGAAAAGAAACUAUUGAAAUCGUUUAAGGAGAUCAGGAAAAAAAAUGUAAGGCGUCAAGGGAGACAGGAACAAAACGUCAUUUCCGAUUUUCCAAAGUGGGAAGACAAUUUUUCAUGCGAUGAGUAUUCAGUCGAUGAUGUGGUACGUUGUGUCAGAAAGGGGGGAGGAGAAGACGACGACACAGGUAAGUAUAAAAAUGUCUUUAACACUUUUGAAAAUGAAAUAAACUACUACUUAGGGGAAUAUGUCGAAGAAAUUAUAUGCUCUUCCGUCACGGGUAGGAAGGAUAACGGCUUCCCCCGAUGGGAGGAGGAAACGUUGAGAAAACCGACGGACGUAAUUUUUCAGCACUUAAUAUAUGGCAGUUUGUUUGGCGAAAAUUUGAGGCGUUAUGAAUGCAGCUCCAGGUACUUCAAACCCACUCUGGUGGAGGAUAUAUCCGACUUUUCAGAUGCCUCCACCAGUUCGAAUGAUGCCCAAAGAGGGAAACAUUCCCCCGUGAGGGACAUAACGCAUGAGGUGAAGUAA